CUCACAGGCUGUGUCUGCAAACAUACAGAGGGAAAUUUCUCCAGGUUAACUGUCCAUCAGGUGGAUCCCAGUGAAACUGCUGACAUGAAACUCGGGUUGCUUGUUGUGGUGGCUGUGGCAGUUCUGCUGCCCAGCUUUACUGAGAGCCGGCUCGUCUCCAAAUGCGAGCUCAAAGACAAGCUCGCAAAUGCGAUUCGUCUGCCCAGGAGACUCGAGGAAAGCGUCUUGCCUAUAAUUGUCUGUGAAUUGGAGAGGAUCUCUCAUCUGAACACCAGCUUGGUCAAUGUGUUUGGCAAGCGCAUAACUACAACAUUAAAGCCAACAGUGGUCACAACCCCCUCCACAACAGCAGUCACCUUAACGACCACUGGAGGAACGACACUGACAAGCACCAACUCAGCAACCACUGACCUGACCAAAACUACUACAACUGCUACAGCUACUACUGCUACUUCUACUGCUACUACUACUGCUGCUGCUACUUCUACUGCUGCUACUUCUGCUGCUACUACUGCUGCUGCUACUUCUGCUGCUGCUACUACUGCUGCUACUUCUACUGCUGCUACUUCUACUGCUACUACUACUACUACUGUCACGAUUACUAGCUCCACCAGCACAAGUGGCAUGAAAAGAAGAAAGCGACAUGCUCACUCAAGCAGUGAGGAGGAGAUCGGGCAAAUUGGAGGAGAAAUGGAUGACAGCAGUGAGGAGGAUUCCAAAGAAAACACGAAGCCUCUGUCCCUCGGCCUCUACGGGCUCUUCCAGCUGUCUGACAGCCUUUUCUGUAAUUCGGGGCUUCGUCCAUCCAGAAAUAUUUGCCGUACCUCCUGCAACUCCUUCACUGACAAUAAUAUAGCUGAUGACAUUGCUUGUUUUAUCAACACUGGUUACUGGAGGAAUAUUGUGCAGAGAGCCUCUCGCUCAUGUCGUCGCACCUCUAAUCUCUUCAGAGAAUGUAAAUAAAUGGAUGUGCGAUCACAGUUUCUACCUGCAGGAUCACAACAAUUUCUUUAUCAGAUCCAUCUCCAGUGAUCUGUGAUUAAGGAACCGCAUGCUCCAUUAUCUACUUCACGUUAUGAAGCACUAUUUUCUUUCUUCGGUGGAGGAAUCUUUCAAUAAACAUUACUU